UCUGGAGCGACGAGAGCGAACUGGCCCGCGUCGUCAUACAGCCCAGGCAUCGGAGAUGGGAGAGAGUAGUUGUGAUGUCACACCGCAUGGGGUUCGUCACAUCCUCACCGCCUCACUCAGCCAGCCUGCUCUCGCACUGUUGGUGCGAAAGCAAAUUAAUCAGUCUUGUGAGGUAGACCUCGCAUUCAUUCACGGCGACGCGAGACCGGGAACCCCUCUACGAUGCAAUCACAAACAACCCCCAGACGCAGAGUAUCGAGACGGAGAGCAGGAUCGUAUCUACCAGCCAGUCAAGAGACACACGAUAACGCUCUAUCCAGCAUCCGGACAAUGCUGCGCGGACGAACUGGUUACGAUGCAUUUCCUGUCUCGUUUCGCUUGAUUGUCCUGGAUACCAAGCUCAGUGUCACCCGCGCCCUACACUGUCUGCUCGAAAAUAGUGCGCUGAUUUGUGCCGCAAUUGACUGGCGCUUAUCCAGCUACCUUAGACGUGGUAUCGGCACCUCUGUGGAAUAGUGACCAAGCGAAGUUCGCGGGGAUGUUGACCGUUCUCGACAUCAUCCACCUCAUCCAAUAUUACUACAAGUACAAGACUGCUGUCGGAUAUGAGAACGUCAGGACAGAUGUCGAGAAAGUUGAGCUAGGGUCGCUGCGAGAAAUCGAAAAGGCUCUGGGUGUCGCCGAGCCUCCGCUUCUCAGCGAGCACCCCGAUGCGUCUAUGUUUGAUGCUGCCAAAGUUCUUAUGCGCACCCAUGCACGAAGAUUGCCUCUGUUGGACAAAGAUACUGACACGGGACAUGAAGUCAUCGUGUCUGUCUUGACGCAGUACCGUCUACUGAAAUUCGUCGCUCUUAACUGUCCAAGCGAGAUUCAACAGCUUCACAUGUCCCUACGGAAACUGAAAAUCGGGACUUAUGUCAGCUCCCCUGGUGUCAAGCCUUUCCAUCCUAUCGCAACAGCCAGAUUGGACACGAAAGUCUUUGAUGUGGUGCACAUGUUUUCCGAGCGAUCUGUGUCUGCUGUGCCUAUCAUCGACGACAAUGGAAUUGUGGUAGAUAUGUACGAAACUGUGGAUGUCAUGACUCUCGUCCGCCUUGGAGUAUACCAGAACCUGGACCUCACCAUCGCGGAAGCCUUGAAAACGCGAUCUCCUGAUUUCCUCGGCGUUGUCAUUUGCACGGCAUCGGAUUCUUUGCGCACACUGAUGCAGCUCAUCAAGAAACGACGGGUUCACCGAUUGGUUGUCGUGGAGGGUGAAGUUUGUACUUUCUGUUUACCACAUUCUCAGUCGUAUAAUCGCUUUCAUGCAGGAGGAAGAGAAGCAAGGCGGCAAGAAAGGGCGACUGUUAGGAAUCAUCACGCUCAGCGACGUUCUCCGCUAUAUCGUCGGGCACGGCGACUUGAACGAUUAGUGAAGAAAUGCCGUUACGGCCCCUGUAUUUCUAAUCAUUUUGAAUCUGUACGCUGUAAUCUGGAUCUCGCUUCGAAGCCGAUAUUAAAUUCUCGUGUCCUCCCAUCAUGUCGUUCCUUUUCUCUCAGUACGAGGUCUCAUAUAUCAAGACGGUGCAUGCUCCUGUGGAACGGGUCGUCGACUUCCUGCGUGACACGAGAGCGAUGAUGCAGCUCAGCCCCGUCAUAACGGACGUCUCCAACCCAAACCCUGAGGAUCUCAGCUUCUUCAGAGUCGAGGACACCGUCACCUUCCUUGGCCUCAAAUCCAAGACAGUGUACAAUGCUCGUGUCGGGGCAGUCGAGGGUGGAAUGCAUGCAGUAUCGACCGCCGCAGCUGGGACAGAGACCACUUCCACUUACACAGCGCACUUUAUCUCCACCAACGAAACCGAAGUUCGCGAGAAGGUCAGCGUCAAGGCAUUCUUCCUUCUCUUGCCCUUCAUCAAAGGCGUGAUACAUUCCGCCCACAAUACGACGUUGGAGUUGCUUGCAGCAAAGCUUGCAUCUGAGCUGGAGGGAAAAGAGAGCCCUUCGCCCUAGACAGAGGCCGGAAGGUCAAUCAAGCGUAUGCGCUUUAUCUACAACAAGUAGUCUCAGGGCGGUGAGGAUUGGUGCCAGUGUGUUCAAGGAAGUUUGAUCUAUCCGGGCGCCCGGCCCGGACAGGAAAGCGGUUGAUGGCUCCCACACAUGUCAGCUUGAGCUGAAUCACUACCGUUAUAAACACCCGUUGAGCACCAGUGGUCAGCUUUGAAAAUCAAACCGCUGCGAAUGGCUCUACUGCUCGCCAUCGGAUUAGCUCUAUCCGUUCUGGCGCUGGGGAUCUUUUGCAUGCGACGGUCCUCAUCCGAUCCAUAUGGCGACUUUCAUCUGUCCUUGAACAAAUCAGCAAGCGACAGAGACUCCCCACCUCAAACAGAAUGGUUGAAUAUGGGUUUCUGGAAGGUGUUGCCUGUUCAUAUUUUCCUGCUUUUCUCCUCAACGCCAAACGCACAGGACACAGCCAUCUUUUCUCGCGCCUGUGAAGGUGGGACUUGGAUAUGUUUCCUCGUGGUUCGAUCAUACAAAGACUGGAUCAAUAGCAUUGGCACUCAAGCUUGUCGAAGCAGCAAGGCUCGAACGGGGCGAUACAGUCCUAGAUGUCGGUCAUGGAACCGGCGAAUCGUUGAUAUUCUUGCUCUCUCAUCCUACUGUUCCUCGCCCUUGCCAUGUCACUGGGAUUACGAGUCUGCCAUACCACUCUCAACGGUCUCAAGCACGGCUGGAAGCAAAAGGAUUCCAAACAAGGGUCGAUUUGCACGUUGGCGACGCAAUAUGGCGGGCUGGUUCCCGUAAUCCAGAUCACCCUCUCAUGCCUUCGUCCGAGGGGCGCUUUGAGACCAUACUGGCGCUGGACUGCGCCUACCAUUUUAAUCCCAGAUUGGAAUUCCUCCGUCAGGCCUUCCGGGGUCUGAAGCCCGGCGGAUCCAUCGCCCUAGCGGACAUAUGUUUCGGUCCCGAAGCUUUUGAAUCGAGCUGGAGCCGUUUCGUCAUCAAGACUAUGAGGCUCAUGCCUGAUUCAAAUAUGAUCUCGGGGGAUCAAUACGUGCUGCAGAUGCGAGACAUCGGUUUUUGCGACGUACAACUGGAGGACAUCACGCAGAACGUGUUUCCGGGAUUUUGUCAGUUUCUCAAGUCGAGAGGGCUGGGUUGGUGGGUGUUUGGGCACGUAUUCGCUGUUUACUGUAGGGCUGGCGCACGUUUUGUGAUAGUUAGAGGGACAAAGCCAUCAUAAGAGGAACACAUCUACGUCCAA